GCGGCACGUCUCAGUCACUCCCGGCAGUUGUUUUCCAACGUUUUUCGUGGACUGACUUUGGUUGGUAGACGGGCGGUUAGUUGUGACGAGUGCGAUCUUAAUGUACCUUUCGUCGAAUGCAUAGUUUUCCAGUUGGGUUUCAAGUUUUUAAAAGCUGCAGCCCCGACGUGAAAUCCUUUCAUAAACUUGACAAGAAUAUAAGUAGAAAAACCGAAAAUUUGUUGUUAGCAAAAAAACAGAGCAAGACAACUUCAACAGGUCACAAGUCCGGCGGCGAUGCGUCCGGCAUUCCGUCCGAGCCAGUGACAUGGCCACGUUGUCGUCAGCUUGCAGCAGUUACGUACGCCAGCAACCCGGACAACCUUUAAAAACGCUAAACGUCACGAACGCCAUUCUCCGGACGGACAAAGGACAGGCGUCGUCGUAUCGGCCACAAUGCACGGCAAAACGAAAGAGCGCCGUGGAACUAUUGCAAGAAACGAAAUCGCUUUACGUCAAAUCGGAAACAGUGCUUGACAGGAAACAAGAGCUCAGGCGGAGUCUCCGAAGCAGCGGUUCUUCCGACAAGGGCUCAUCAUCGCAUGACAUAGCUUCCGGUUGUUAUAACUAUAAAGGGAAUUGCUGUAAUUGGUCGAGUGGAAGUUUUACUUGUCUACCGCCACCUAAAAGUCCUCGACUGGUGGCUGGAUGUCAGAGAAAGUCCACAGCGGAUUCACAACAACUGCAAAACGAUCUCAGACGUCUAUUGAAUACUGAUUCUAAAGAAAACUUAUUCGAAGCAACUUCGGUGUUCCUCGACGAUGUCAUCGUUCCUCCACCCGUACAGUACCGUCGAUCAGUGUCGCACGGCCAACAGCAGCAACAGCAUCAUCAAUGUUGUUGCGGACCGUCAGCCGCUUGCCAUAAAUCACUUCCGGAUCUCACGGAUGUCGCGACAGUAKCUACGGAAUUGAUUACGGAUGUGGCAACGCCGGCGGUGGCAGCUGGUCCAAUCCGCCGUUGCCGUCGUUCCGCAUCUUCGGGAUCUGUGGCUGCUGGAGACGAUGAUGACGAUGAUGGCGAGGAUGACAUAUUUGAAACCUACUCCAGUAUACCAUCUCCGCAAGGAUUUGGAAACAAGUCCAGACAAGACGAAACGGACGCAGUCGCUAACGUAACCUCUUUCCCGGAUUCAUUGAGCCUAACCAGUUACAAAACGGAUGCCAGAUGGCAACAGUCGGCACAUGGAGGGACCGGAAGUUCGAUCGAAGAAGAAAAUGACGACGAAGGCGGUGAUGUAUCACCGCGUUCGUCCGCAUCGCCCGUCAAGUCUACCGUGUCGCAUGGCCGCCAGCGUCUACAGACAGUUGGAGCAGCGGCAACGACUGCAAUCGGUGGACACCAACCAUCGCCGCCUGCUGUUCCAUUACGUCGACAUCAAUUGCCGACGGCGACCGACGAGUUUCGCGGUCGACCGAUACUGCGCAGCAAGUCGGACGUUGGUCACAGGGCACCCAAUUUGCUGAGUCUGUUGCCGGUAGCGGUGGCUAAGACCGACGAUCGACACGAAUACGAUCCAAAUCAGUUGGAGAACUUUUUUGGACAUCUAGGCCUCGAUCCCGACGAGUACAAAUGGAUCAUGAAAAAUGAUUCGGAGACGGGCUCACAGGUAUGUUUCGGCGGCUCCAACAGUUCGGUGGGCUCGGUGAGCGGCGGCAGCAACAACAACAUACACUGCAACAGCGACGGUAUUUUGAUGGGCGGCGGCGUUCGGGGGGACGGUGACGGUUGUGACGGAGAAACGAGCAGACCGAUCGGUGGUUGCGUCGGGAAGUCCGGAAUCGGAUCGUCCUCGUCCGAACUUCCGUCCAUCGUCGAGCGGAACGCCAGAAUCAUUAAAUGGCUGUGGAACUGCCGGAAAGCCAACUCGCAGCAGACUUUAUUGCCGUCGACGCCAUCCUCGACUUAGAACAGUAGUGGACAAAUAAACACACGAAAACCCAAAUCCUCCUCCAUCACCAUCACUGUACCCACUGAGCGAUCAGCUAACGGGUUUGAUUCUGUCAUAACUUAAUAUACUUAUUAUACUAUAACAAUAGGUACACUAUAAAGUUAUAACCUAUCUAUACUUAUAAACUUAUUAUAUCCACGACUUCAAAUAUAGUCGUAGUGAGACCGUGGUUUUCAUAUAUAAUAUUCCAUACUGCUAUGUACCUAAUUUGAAUUUUACAAUAAUAUUAUAUUCGUGAUAUUAGAAAAAAAUUACUCUUACGGAUUAACCGAGUACUUCCGUCUCAUAACUUAUUGACAAUAUAUAUAUAUAUAUGUAUUAUUAU